CUUUUGAGAUAAAGGAAAAUGAAAAACCAAGGUUAUCCGCUAUUCAAGAUGGCUUCCUCUCCAACCAAAUCCUCAUCACCUUAUCUCCUCUUCAUCUUCUUCAUCUGGUCUCUGAAACUCGGCAACUGCAUACACCAAACACCAAAACCACAGCAAUGGCCUCUCCAAUUCCACGCUGUCUUGUUCAUCAACAACAGCGGAUCUCUCCAGAAGACAGAUCUCUGGUACGAUUGGGUCAACGGUCGGAAUUUCAACAUCAUCCAGAAGCAGCUCGGCGAGCUUACGUAUGACCUGGAGUGGAACAACGGCACUUCGUUUUAUUACACGCUGGGCGAAUCCGGGAAGUGCCGAGAGAUCACGUUCGAGGUUGGUAUCCUGAGGCCGAACUGGCUGGAAGAUGCGGAGUAUGUGGGCGUUCGACACGUGGAUGGGUUCCUGUGCAACGCUUGGACCAAGGUUGAUUUCAUUUGGUACUACGAAGAUGUCGAAUCCAAACUGCCCGUGAGUUGGGUCUUCUAUACUGGCAUGGAGGCUCAUGUGAUGACGUACGAAGUCGGAGCGGCUCUAGAGGACGAGAAAUGGCAAGCUCCUAUAUAUUGUUUCGACGAUACGGGAAUGGCAUCGGAUAUCGACCCUUCCGAUAGAAUGCGAUUGGAUCGCAUUGCACAAAACCCUCUAAGAGAGUCCUAAUUGUCACUCUUAUCAUAUACGAUCAUAGCUUCUCCUUUUGGGAUGAUUCUGUACUCUCUCCAAGGGGAAUAUUACUCAAAUAACCCCCUUGGGUCGCAGCAA